AUGAUGCUCUCGAUAUUUGUCCUUGCCUUUGCCAGUGGUCCACUUCUUUACGCCCUCUUGACCGAAAUGCUCGGUCUCCAAGUGGCGCUACAGACCAUCAAUCUCAUGUUUGUAGCCUUGAAUCGGGCUGCGGGCCAGUCGAACUUUGACGCAAAUGACGCUUGUUCGCUUCUUUGCUGGUCUCGGAGGUUUGGCCCCGCCAGUAGUUGGUGGCAGCACCAUCGCAAAAUGUCUGAAGCUGAGGAGCGAAGAACCGCCAUGGAUUCGUCAGCAUGGCACGUCACGUUGGGCCACGAAAUGGUACGGCCUAUUGUGCUGCUGGCGACGCAGAGCAUCAUCCAGGUGUUUGCAGGGUACAUGGACACCAUCUACGGCUGCAUGUACAUCCUAUUCACAAUGUUCCCGCAGGUGUUUGGAGAAAGCUAUCAGGAGAAGAACGGCAUGGCCUGUCUCAACUAG